CUUCCGAGCGACAUAGAAGCAGCAUUCGUUUCUUAUCAAAUAACAGUGCAACAAAUUUAUAAAUCCUUAAAACUUUAAUAUAUACUUUGAAUUUCUAAACAAAUAAACAUGUCGCCUGCUUUUGACGACGCUUUAAUUACCAAACACACCAUACAUCCUGGUAAAGAAUACGUACCACUCAAACCGGGCACACGAGUCAAAUUUCACUUUCAGACUAAAAGAGUUGACGAUGGCUCCACACUGGACGACAGCCGAAAAAUGGGUCAACCAAUGGAAUUGGUGCUCGGUAAAAAGUUUAAAUUGGAGGUUUGGGAAGUUAUAGUACAAAAGAUGGCACUCAACGAAGUUGCCAAAUUUACAGUGCACAAAACGUUGGUCACCCAAUAUCCUUUCAUAUCGAAAGUAUUACGAGACGUGUCUAAAAAGGUUGAACAGCGCCGACACUGUUGUGCUAUGACCCUACAAAAUGAAGGUAUUGGCUAUAAAGAUCUCGAUGAGUUGAUCUCCAAACCAAGUGAUUUGGAAUUCAUCAUCGAGUUAUUUUCUAUCGAGCAGUCGAAAAAUUAUGAAAAGGACCUUUGGCAAAUGAAUGACGAGGAAAAGAUGAAUGCACAAGAGGCAUUACGUGAAAAGGGCAAUAAUUUAUACAAAGAAAGAAAUUAUAAAGAAGCAGAGGAAUGUUACCGCAAAGCCGUCGGUAUGAUUGAGCAGCUUAUGACAAAAGAAAAACCACACGAUGUGGAGUGGUUGGCUUUAGCCGCUAUCAAAGUGCCAUUGCUAUUGAAUUAUGCCCAAUGUCGUCUAUUAGAUCGCGAUUACUAUGCGGUUAUAGAGCAUUGUACUGAGGUGUUGAAUUUAGAUAAAGACAAUGUUAAGGCUUUGUUUCGCCGAGCUAAAGCACAUGGUGGUGCUUGGAAUCCAACAGAGGCACGUAGUGAUUUUCUGAAAGCAGCCGAACUAGAUCCAACAUUAACAGCUACCGUAAAUAAAGAACUACAAGCUAUCGAUGCGGAGCAACGUAAACGUGAUGCUGAGGAUAAAUUGCGCCUAAAAACUUUUUUAAUUUAUAUAUGUAACUCUCAACAGUAAAUGGAAUAUUAACAAGGGUACUAAGGUCUCUAGUGCACUAAACUGAUAGCACAAAAUGCUGUUGAUGUUUUACAUGUGAAAAGAAUCUAGAAUAGUUUUAGAUAGUAGUAAUUGUUAUUUUAUUUUAAAUAGUGAUUGAAACAUACACGAGUAUUAUGUGUAUAAAUAUAUGUAUUAAUGUAUUAGUACUUAUAUCAACUAACUGAGGAACUAUAUAUAAAUAAAUGAAUGUAUGUAAUAAUUUUA